AUGUCAAUCCACAACACUAAAAGUAGCCCUUUCACUUGUCAUGUCCUUAUUGCAUCUACAGGUCUACCCGGACAACAUAUUGAUGUUAGAAUCGAAAGAUUAAAUCAACAAUCAAACGAGUUUCUAUUGCUAUCCACUGGACAAACAAAUAAUGACGGCCGUUGUCCUGCAUUAUUACCAACAAACUACAAAGUAGAAAAAGGUAUUUAUCGUGUCACAUUUGAGACAAAGGCUUAUUUUUCUAAACUUGGGCAAGCAUGUUUCUAUCCUUAUGUUCAGAUCGCAUUUGAGGUUUCUGAUCCUAAUCAGCAUUAUCAUAUUCCCUUAUUAAUUAGUCCUUAUUCUUAUACAACCUAUCGUGGAAGUUGA